AUGCCGUCAAUCCAGCAUAUAUCGAGUCUCUCUGAGUUCAAUUCCUCUGUCAAGGCAGACAAGCUGACUGUAGUCAAAUUCACAGCAGUGUGGUACGUUGAAAUCGCAACAUCAAACUGUGACAAGCGUGAUUUUGGGAUUUUGGGAAAUCUCAAACAAACCUUGCAAGAUACUCGGUCAGAUGUCGGCUUGAACGCUUACUUGUAUAUUGUACUGACUGUAAUAGGUCCAUGUAAAGCAGUGGCACCACGAUUUGAAGCACUCGCCAAGAAGACCGAAGGAGUCCAGUUUUUGGAAGUGGAUGUUGAUCAACAAAAGGAAGUCGCAGCUGCAAAUGGUAUUCGAGCCAUGCCAACUUUUGUGUUCAUGAAGAAUGGUCAAAAGAUUGCUGAAGUCGUCGGUGCCGAUAUCAACAAGGUGGAAAGACUCACCAUGCAACAUUCGUCUUUAUCCUCCUUUGCAGGAACUGGCCACGUUUUGGGCAGUGCUGACAAACCGUCAACAACCAAAACAAUGGCUUCCACAUCGAAUGGUGGUGCUGCUACCUUUGGCAUGGAUACCAAUUCAGUCAUUUUAAUUGGGAUCUUGGCGUGGUCAGCUCGUUCUGAAGCAGUUGCAAUCGCCCGACGAGUACUCGAAGAUCCGAUUUCAUCGAACGUUGUUGUCAUCACUGAGGAGAGCGUAUGUGCAAAUGGAACUACUUUUGGUAUCAGGAUCGCCUCGUAUCCCCAGAAUUCAUUCACGCCAUCGUGGCAGACUCCAAUAUGCUUGAACACACCUCUGACGUUGAUUUCUGCUGUGUCAUCCCAGACGAAUGGUACCUCAGUGUUGUAUCUGUCGUACAGGUCCUUCUCGCAAAUACUCGUACAGUCUGUAGCCUUGAUUGAUGGGACCGCAAGUGCAACCAUACUCUCUGCUGCUCCAAUCGCUCUGACUCCUGGAAUUGUUGCCGUGUACCAACAACAUAUAGUACUCAUAAACAGGACACAGCUGCUCGAUAUUACAGCCAACACCCAACAAAACGUAAGUUUCUUAGCCGCAACUGAUAAGGUAACUUGGAUGUUGGCUGGAUCUAGUGGGAUCUACUGUCUUGGGCAAGGGGCAGCAUCAAAUGCAACAAACGCGAACAUGACCGGAAUUUGGGUUACUAAUAGCUUACGAGUGGCAGAUACGCCCGAGAUAUAUAGAGCAGAUGUGAAUACCAACGUGAAGCUACUUGGGCAGGCUAGCAAUGCUCCACCAGGUCCACAACUCCCACCUGUAAUCAUAUGCUCAAACGCACUCUUCAUAUCGUUCACCCCUAUCGAUGGUACUGGGCUCUCAGUCUUGACUUAUAACACUACGACAAACAAUAUCUCUACUCCAAUGACUCCUGUUAUAACAGCUGCAGAUCGAGUGAUCUCAUUGACAUGCAUGCCGAUAACGAAUAGUGUGUUGCUGAUAUUAGCUCGUAAUGCUUCCACCGGAUUGGCUUACGCCAUCUCCUUUGAUCCGACAUUUGGCAUAUCCAGUCCACUAGCUUUGGUGGCUCCGACACCAGUAGGAGCACCAACAAAUUUAAAAUGGAACGUGGGAGCGAUAGAUGUCGCAACACCUGGAGCCGCAAACGGUACCGUUGCUGCAGCUGUAGUAGGAAGCUCAUCUUCAAUGUCAGCUGGUGUAGGAACUGUAUUCGCAACGAGUUAUCAAGUAUCGAUUUUUGAACCUUUACUGCCUGGUAAUGCUCUAUCACCGAAUCGAUCUAUACCUUGUAAUCCAAGCAGCUCAGCAAGCUCUGGAGAUUGCGUUGCAAGUCCCACACCAGGACCCGGUGGAAAUACUGAUGGUGGACUUUCUGCCGGUGAUAAAAUUGGAAUAGGUGUUGCUGGAGUUGCAGUUGUUGCUGUCGGAUUGGGAUUCAUGGCUUACAUGGGACGAAAAAGGACAUUUGUGGCUGAGGGUGCUGAAGCUGGUGCUGAAAUAGAUGAAAAUAGAGAUCCCAAUCGGCACUCAGAUGGCUCAGAUAUGUAUAAGAGUCAGCUUGGCGCUGCCCCGAUGCUGCCUCCUCUGUUGGCCAUUCGUGGUGAUAGUGAUAUCGCGGAGAGCACCUCGUCACUCCCUCCUCUUCCGCCACUACCGGAUCAUAGUCCACCGCUACCUCCUCCACUUCGAAACUUUGCCUUCAACAAGCAAUUAUCAGCGGCGCGAGGAUUGUCUAAUCGUCAGACCUCUGCGGCUACCAUAUUACCUACAGAGUCACCACACGACGUUGCGAGAGCAGACACAUUGAAAAGAGGUGGGAAGGCUCCCAUACUCUCUGAAGACGUCGAAAGCCAGAUCUUGAAUUCAUAUCAGGACACAAAUUCCCAACAACCAACAUCCAUAUCUGAAACUAUUGUCUCGAAAGGAUGGAAUACUGUGCCUCCAAUAACUACUACUAGAACUCUUGGAUCAUCCUCAUCGCCAAAUGGAGAAAAGAGACCGUUGUUGACUCCUACAUUUGGGGGUGGUGAAAGUCACCACAGUCGUGGCAGUAGUAGGUCCAGUACAGGUCCAGGAGUGACACGCAUAGAUACUCAGCUAGGAACAGGACUUGAAACACAGUUAGAAACUGGUGAAGACACUGCCGUCAAUGCACUGUCACCUGAUGAGUUCGACUUUGAUAAACUCAUUGAUGAGCAAUUUGCUGAAUUGCUGGACAAAGCACCUCACGAUCGAGAUUUGAGUGCACCAUUCUCGAUACAGGAAUCACCUAUAAUACUACCUGAAGCAGUGAUAGCAUCGCAAAGAGAACGAGGACUAAACACACGACCUUAUAACAGCAACCACAACAAAAAUAUGAAUACCCAUAACAUGAAUGCUGAUAAUAACGAGGAUCCAAAACAACGAAAAUCUCUGGUGUCUCUGAUACAAGGAUACGAUGAUUUGACCUCAAAAAGACCUACACAACCGCAACCACUAGAAACACUAUAUUCCUCUGAAUCUGAGACAUCCCUAAACUCUAACAGUAGCUCUGAACCCGAAGGCUCUGUAUCAGAAGGUGAAUCUGAGCCACCCUCUGUAUUUGGAGAUAUAGUCUCACGUUCCUCCAGAGCACGCUCACCGACGCCAGGCCCGAAUUCGUCCAGAGAAUUCAUGCAAAUACGACCAGCACCACAACCAAUAGCACCUUCGCCAGCAGUAUUUGUUGAGGAACCAAUUCAGUACAGCAAUACUAGUCCAUAUAGACCUCCAAUGUCUAGCUUCCAUCGAAGUACGACGAAUGCACUACGAUUGAAGAUGGACAACAUAGCGACACCGCCUGUUAUAUCGCAUCCCACCAACAAUAAUAAUCACACUUCGUCGGGAAUAGUAAUACCGCCACGAUCAUCUUCGCAUAAUCUGCCUAAGAGAAGUCAAUCUGCCAGACAAGGAAAUUUCCCCCCGCUACCGCCAAUACCGGCCAAGUAUGAAGCUGCUGUCGCUGCUACCAGGUCGAAUAUACCGCAGCCCACGUAUAAUGCAGGUAGAGCUAAACCACUGUCGCCUGUUGAAGAGUCUCCUAUGCUUGAAAACACCCCAAUAUCUGUGGAUGAGUGGCUUGCUUCUGCUGAUGCUGUAGAGUGGUCAAAGUGA